AUGAAUUCUGGGAAUGAUAACUGGCACUCCCCCGCUGGUGGGCCUCCGUCGCACCCUGGCAUGGACCAGAUGAACCAACAACCUCGGCCCUUAGGGUCUUUCAGUCAAAAUCCGUCUCAACAGGGCCCUGCGUCGCAGCCCUCUGGACCUGUCCUUCCUCCUCCGUCCGGUCCCUACCACCCCGCCGGUCAGUCAGGUGGCCACUCCCUCCCCGGACUGGCAGAACUGAGCCAAAGCCACGGGGCUCCUCCACACCAACAACCAGCCUACGGACAGCAUCCUUCUGGACCUUCGCACAGCUCGGGCCAUUCUCUUCCCGGCAUUGGCCAGGCCAUGUCGCACGCAUCCCCUCAGCUGAACCGUGACCGUGAACGGGACUCAAGGGAACGCGAGAUUUUGGAGCGCGAGCGCCAACGCCAGGAAGAAAUGGCCCACCGAGAGCGUGACCAGCGCGAACGCGAACAGAUGGAGCGCCAACAGAUGGAACGCCAGCGCGGCGAACACCACCCUCCCGUGGCGUCGAAAGUCCCCAACUCUAUCCACGGCCCGAAUGGCCUCCUUUCGAACCUCGGUAGCAACCCGCAGAAUGGACCCGGAGGGAACGUACAGCCUUCCGGCGGUCCGGCCAGCCUCUUUGGCGGCCCGCAGAUGCAGCAACACGGCGAAGGCACCCCUCGGUCGUACAUGCAGUAUCCGGGUGGGCCACCCAUCAUGGGUCACAAUGGGCAAGCACAGCAAAUCCCUGGAAGUGUAGCGGCUCUUGCCCAGGGCCAGCAGCCGAUUCUCAAUGCAAGUCAUCCGAUUGGACCCGCCGCAUCUCUCGGAGAACCGAGCGCUAACAGUGGGUUCGUGGUGCAGGAUGCCCUUAGCUACUUGGAUCAGGUGAAGGUGCGGUUUUCCGACCAGCCCGAUGUUUACAACCGCUUCUUGGACAUAAUGAAGGACUUUAAGAGUCAGGCAAUCGAUACUCCCGGUGUAAUCCAACGCGUCUCUACCCUCUUCAAUGGCCAUCCGGCUCUCAUUCAGGGCUUCAAUACUUUCCUCCCACCCGGCUACCGAAUCGAGUGCGGAACUGAAGACAACCCAGAUGCUAUUCGAGUCACCACACCAUCUGGCACAAAUACGCUGAGUAUGCCGCGUGCAGGACGCCCAUUCGAGACGACCACAAUAACCGAGACCGGCCCCUCCAGCGGUGGUCCGGGACGUCCUGAUUACUACGAGCAAUCUCGUCCGGGAUGGCAGCAAGCUCAACAGCCGCAGAGUCAACAACAAGGCCACCCAGGCUCAUAUUCUCCUGGCUCGCGUAUGAUGGGACCAAGUCUAUACCAGGAGCCGCAAGGACCUGGCCAAGACCCUCACUAUGGCUAUCAGACUCAAGAGCAGCAGGGUGCCGCGGCGCUGUCCCACCAGCAGGAUCACCGUGGUGUUGCUCAGCUGCAAGGCGCUGCCUCUGCCGCGUCUGCCCUGGGGAGACCCGGCAUGAUGCCCACCUCUGGCGCUGGUCCCAAUGCCAGUUUGACACAACCGAUGAACAGCCUGGCUGGCGUUGGUGGCAUGCUUCAGGGUGGCGUUGCGGAUCUCAAUAAGCGUGGACCCGUUGAAUUCAACCAUGCCAUCAGUUACGUGAACAAGAUAAAGAACCGUUUCUCCAGCGCACCAGAGAUCUACAAGCAGUUCCUUGAGAUUCUGCAGACUUAUCAACGGGAGUCCAAGCCCAUCCAGGAUGUUUACGCACAGGUUACCCAACUGUUCAACACUGCUCCCGACCUUUUGGAAGACUUCAAGCAGUUCCUUCCUGAAUCUGCGGCCCACGCCAAACAGCAGGCCGCGGCGCGUGCCGCCGAGGAGAGCAUUCCUGUCAGUAAUAUGCGGGGUGAUCCUAUGGCCAUGUCCCAAGCUGCGAACCGAGAUGCGAAGAACUUGCCUCCCAUGGGCCACUUCAAACCGCAAGAUUCUGCCAAGGAUAGCAAGAAGCGGAGAGGCGGACCUGGCAUGGGCGGUGGCUCUGUAUCAGGCCCUGCUGGUGCGGAAGCUCGGAUCCCAGAGUCUCAGAUGCGUGGCCAGCCGGCUCAGUUCGCCAACGGCAGCAAGCGACCCAAGUUCCACCAUGGGAAGCCAUCUGGUGCGGAUAUCCCGAACGUUUCUCCCACCUUGAUUCCCGCGCUCCCAGAGCCAGUUCCGCCUAGUUCUUUGGCUACUCCCAGUCAAGAGGAGAUUGCUUUCUUCGACCGCGUCAAGAAGUUCAUUGCGAACAAGCAGACUUUCAGUGACUUCCUGAAACUGUGCAAUCUCUACACCAAUGACCUUAUUGAUCGGUUCAUUCUGGUCAAGAGGGCUGAAGGCUUUAUUGGUUCCAACGCGGAGCUCAUGAACUGGUUCAAGCGUUUCAUGAACGUUGAAGAGCCUGAAGACAAGACCAUUGACCCUAAGCCUAAGAACGAAGCCGGUGUCGUCAACCUUGCGCACUGCCGAUCCUUGGGACCUAGUUAUCGUCUGCUGCCUAAGCGCGAGAGACAAAAGGCCUGCAGUGGUCGCGAUCAGUUGUGCUUUGAAGUGUUGAACGACGACUGGGCUUCGCAUCCUACUUGGGCAUCCGAGGACUCUGGCUUCGUUGCUCACCGGAAGAACCAAUAUGAAGACGCUCUGCACCGCAUCGAAGAGGAUCGUCACGAUUAUGAUCAUCACAUCGAAGCUUGCACGCGGACGAUUCAGCUCAUUGAACCGAUCUGCCAGCAAUUUUUGCACAUGUCUGACGCUGAACGCGCCAACUUCAAGCUGCCCCCUGGUCUUGGUGGGCAGAGUGAGGCUAUCUAUCAGCGCGUCAUUAAGAAGGUCUACGACCGCCAGCGUGGUGAGAAGAUCAUCCGCGAUAUGUUUGAGCGUCCUUGCCAGGUUCUGCCAAUCGUACUCUUCCGCCUGAAGCAGAAGCUGGAAGAGUGGAAAGCCUGCCAACGGGAAUGGGAUAAGGUCUGGCGCGAGCAGAUGCAGAGAGCGUACUGGCGUAGUCUGGAUCACCAGGCGAUUGCCACCCGACAGACGGACAAGAAGCUUUUCAUCGCGAAGAACAUCCAGCAGGACUUGCAAGGCAAAUUCGAAGAAACGCAAAGUCGCAUAAAGAGUGGUCUUCCCACGAAGAAAUUCCAGGCUGAGCUGCAAUUCGACGAUAUUGAUGUUCUCCUGGAUACCACCCAUCUCCUUUGCAUGUUCAUUGACCGCAGCACUUCCGGCUUUGGCGCUGAGCCGUCCAGGUUGAUAAACUUUGUCAAGGACUUUGUUCCUAUCUUCUUUGGCCUCGAUCGGGAGACCUUCCACGAUUAUAUGGAUGAACUUUCCAUCGCUGCUACGCCGGCCGAAGAGCUGGAGGAGAACUUCGGCGCAGAUGAUACCUCCAACGCCAGCCGCAGGGUUGUUAACACGCAGAAGCUGGAUCUCCUGCGUGAGACUCUCAAGCAGAAGGGCGAGAAGGGCAGUAACCAAAACAAGGAAGAUGGGGCUGCCGCUCCAGCAGCAGUGCCAACACCAGCAUCAGUGCCAGCGCCAGCACCUACCCAGCUUGCGACACCUGAUGUCCGCGCCGCAUCCGCUCCCGCAUCCGAACCCGAGGAGGCAUUUGACGUGGCAGAACUGAAAUGGAUGGAGCACCCUGGCCAGGGUAACUUCAACCUGGAGCGCGAGUACACUCUGAACGAGAAGUACAAGAAGACCGUGCACCAUAUGUACUGCAACCUCAACAUCCUCUGCUUCCUGCGCACAUUCGAGAUCCUUUACUCGCGCCUGCAGCGAAUCAAGGAACAAGAAGGUGAAGCCCAUGAGCAAGUCCGCCGCGGCCUCUUGCCAAAGCCAGCCAAUGAUCUCUGCCUGAUUGAUCGAUUCCCCGGAGAUUUCUUCUACGACGUUGAGCCGAAGGCCAACCUCUAUAAGCAGAUUGUCCGCAUGUGCGAGGAAGUUAUUCGCGGGGAUAUCGACCAGGUUCAUCUUGAGGAGACUCUGCGCCGUUUCUACAUGCAGAGUGGGUUCUUGAUGUACAAUCUGGAACGUAUCUUCUCGUCGAUUACCAAAUUCGUGGCGUCGAUCUUUACUGGUGAUUCUCGGGAUCGCAGCUCUGAUAUUGCGAACUUGUUCUUCAAGGAGCGCGAGAAGGAUGAGACGACUCAUCAUCAGGAGAUUCAGUAUCGCAAGCAGGUCGAGCGAUUAAUCAAGGAGGGCGAUAUCUACCGCGUGACCUUUUUCCCCUCCGACCGCCACCUCACAAUCCAAGUAAUGACAACCGAAGAAUCAACGCUAAACCGCGAAGACCUCAGCCCAGAAGCCCGCUGGUCCUACUACGUAACAGCCUACUCAAUGCGCGACCCAACAGAGGGAAUCAAAUUCUCCGAAAUGCGCAUCCCCUUCCUAAAACGCAACUUACCCGGCAAACUCGACGAAGACGAAGAAUACGACCGUUUCUACCGCCGCCUCCAACACUACGACGGCCUAGUAAUCCGCAUCUGCGCCAACAAUUACACAAUCCUCUACCAACCGCCCACACACGACUGGUUCUGGCGCUCGAAUGCGCCCGUGCCGGAUAAGGACGUUAUCGCGCUUUCGGAUCCGGAGGCUGCGAAGGCUCAGAUUAGGGUUAAGAGGGAGGAGAUGGUUAAGGAUGUCGCUGCUCUUAAGGAGAAGAGACAUGAUCGCUUUGUGGAGAAGUUUGUUAAUAAUCCGAACUGGGCUAAGGGGCUUAGUAAGGAUAAGGUUGAUGAGUCGAAUCUCAGAUUCCGUGACUGGUUGAAUGGGAGUCUUGUCAAGGCUGGUGGGGGUGGUAGUCCUAGUCUUAGUCCUAUGACUGGGACUGCUGCUGCGACGGAGACUGCGACGGAGAAUAAGGAUGCGGAUACUGCGACUGCGACUGAUGCUGCCGGUUCCGCGGCCCCUGCUGACACCCCGGUUGAAAAUGAAGCCACUGCCCCUGAAACCGCCUCUAUCCCUGUUCCCGAACAGAGGGAGGAGGAAGGCGAAGGAGAAAGCAAAGCGGACGAUGAGAAACCAGCCGAGGAGCAGAAAACCGAACCUGAACAGGCAGAUACAGAGAUGGCGGACGCUGAACCAGUCGCUAAUGGUGAUGGUGACGGCAACGCUGCUGUCGCCCCUGCUGAGACCGCAGAGCCUUGGACCGAGUCUUGA